CUCCACCUCCUCCAUCUACUGCUGGUAGUACUUAUAUUCCACCUCCACCUCUAUCUUCUCCUUCUCCACCUCCUCCAUCUACUGAUGGUAGUAUUUAUAUUCCAUCUCUACCUCCAUCUCCAUCUCGAUCUCCAUCUCCAUUUCCGUCUCCUGCUGUUGUUGUUGCUCCAUCUCCAUCUUCACCAGCAGAUUCUCCUGCUGUUGUUGUUGCUCCAUCUCCAUCUUCACCAGCAGAUUCUUCUCAAAGAAAACCAAGGCAACUCAUAAUAAUCAUACUUGGGUCCAGUCUCGGAGCUUUCUUUGUUGUAUUUGUUGUGGUUGCCUUCUGCUUUUAUCUUUUUAGAAAUAAAGGAGAAUCCAAGGAACUUGAUGAAUUCUCUGUCGAUCAAGUACCAGGGAUUCCUAUCAGGUUCUCUUACAAAGACUUGAGAGCCAUGACAUGCAAUUUCAACGAUGAGAUCGGGAAAGGAGGAUUUGGGUCAGUGUUUCAAGGGAAAUUAAGCAAUGGCACCAAAAUAGCAGUGAAGCAUCUCAAUGGUUUUGAUCAUGUUAAGAAGUCAUUCUUAGCUGAAGUUAAGACGAUAGGCAGCAUUCACCAUGUCAAUUUGGUAAGAUUAAUUGGAUUUUGUGCUGAAAAAUCAUAUCGUCUUCUAGUUUACGAGUAUAUGUCCAGUGGAUCCUUGGAUACAUGGAUCUUCCACAGGCACAAAGACCGCACUCUUGGGUGGCAAUACAGAAAGAAGAUCAUCAUGGAUAUAGCCAAGGGACUAACCUAUCUCCACGAGGAAUGCAGGCAGAAAAUACUUCACUUGGAUAUCAAACCCCAAAACAUCCUCUUAGAUGAACACUUCAAUGCGAAAAUUUCUGAUUUUGGAUUGUCAAAACUAAUUGAUAAGGACCAAAGUCAAGUUGAAACAAAAAUGAAGGGAACCCGAGGCUAUAUGGCUCCCGAAUGGUUGAAAUCAAUUAUCUCUGAAAAAGUAGAUGUUUAUAGCUUUGGUGUCGUGGUCUUAGAAAUGUUGUGUGGGUGUAAAAAUUUUGAUAGUUCUCAACCUGAGGAUUUACUAGAUCUAUUUAAGAGGAAAGCAGAAGAGGAACACCUUCUGGAUAUCGUUGAUAAAUACAAUGAUGACAUGCAGAUACAUAGAGAAGAAGUUGUGAAGAUGAUGAGGGUUGCUGUGUGGUGUCUACAAAUUGAUUUUUCUAGGAGGCCUUCAAUGUCAGUGGUGGUUAAGGUCCUGGAGGGUUCUGUAGAAGUUGAAAACAAUUUGGAUUAUGACUUCACAACUCCUGUGGUACGAAGAGCAAUCAGAGUUGCUGGAAACCAAGAGGAUGCCACUGGUGCUGCUGCUAGCCCAUCAGUUUUAUCAGGACCAAGAUAAAGCAAGUAGUUUUCAACAAACAAAUUACAGUUGAUUGUUUGAAGUAUUGAGUAUUUCUUUCUCUACUUUUGUUUUGUUUUGUUUUUUUUUUUUUUUAGGGACUAAUAAGUUUUAGGAUUUCAAUUUAUUCUAGAAUUAAACAUCACUAUUCAAGGUAAGAAAACUGUCAAAAUUGUACAGUUCCCUGUUCACACCACACUUGCCUGGAUGUGGUUGAAAUUUGUACAAGACUUAUCUAAGAGUCGUAUUUCUGCUUAAUUUUGUGAAAGGUCUGGUCAAAUUCCCUGUUCACACACCCAGGUC